CUGUAGUGAAAUGGCAAAUUAACCUUCACAUCUACUCCACUGACCUUUAACUAUCACAUGACAACGAGGGCCCUUCAGUAAUUUUAAAAAUGUAAUUCUGUUACCUACGCUGAAGAUAAGAUGACAUAGACCUGGUCUUUAGCUUCUUGAUAAGAUCAUGAAUGUUUCUUGUCUGUUUUCCAGUUAAAAACCCUGUGCUUUUUCGCCUGAAUAUUCUUCCUACCAUAUUGCCGGAAACCUGUAUCCCCCAGAAAUAUGGGUUUUAUUCCAAACAUUAAUGUUCAACUCGUCACCUAAUUGCUGUCCUAAAGUUCCUCAUGGGUGAAGAACAGGGUCAAAAGUCAGUGCAAUCAUCCAUCGGAAUACCAAGGCUGCAGCAAGCUAUUGAGUUCAUCUCUCCAUUGAUUUCUCACUCGCAUUCAGUUAAGGUUUUUCCGGUCAAAUGGCAAUCCAUAAGAAACAAGCUUGAAGAAAUUCUCUCCAACUUCACUGCCAUUGAUCAGAAUUCUAACUUUAAUGAUAAUGAAUCAAUCUUAGAUACUGUAGAGGCAGUUCUGGCCACACUAAAGAACUGCAAUGAGCUUGCGCAGCGGUGCGUGGAUUUAUCUUAUACUGGGAAGCUGCUGAUGAAAAGUGACCUUGAUAUAGUAUGCACAAAAUUGGAUAAUCAUAUAAAGACACUUUCUGAUGUAUACACUCGUGGGCUGCUCACUCAUAGAAAUGCAUUAGUGGUACCAAAGCCUGGUCUUUCUUCUUCUCGAGACGAUGUAAGAUUCUAUAUCAAUGAUUUGUUGUCAAGGCUCAAGAUUGGCGGUAGGGACAUGAAGAAACAAGCCCUGGUUGCCUUCAAUGAUGUUAUUGAAGAAGAUGGUAGAUAUGUGAAGAUUUCUGUGGAAGUUGAUGGUUUUAUCAGUUUCUUGGUGCAGUUUCUUGAUUUUGAAGAGGGGGAGGUUCAAGAACAGGCCGUGAAAGCAGUGUGUGUGAUAUCGGGUUUUGAAUCCUGUAAAGGUGUAUUGAUCAGUGUAGGGAUAAUUUCUCUAUUGAUCAGUGUGUUGGAGUCCGGGGGUGGUUCGAGCAAAGAAUUCGCUGCAAGGUGUUUGAUGAGGUUCACAGAGAAUUCGAACAAUGCGUGGUCAGUUUCGGCUCACGGUGGAGUGACUGCCCUUUUGAAAAUAUGUGGUAAUGGAGAUAAUGGUGGUGAAUUGGUUGGCCUCGCUUGUGGAGUACUGAAAAAUCUUGUUGGCGUCGAAGAAAUCAAGAGGUUUAUGGUCGAGGAAGGAGCAAUUCCAUUAAUUCUUAACCUUGCGAGGUCUAAAGACGAGAUUAAACGAAUAUGUUCCCUUGAUUUUUUACAAGCUAUGGCUUAUAAGGAUGAAACUGUUAGCUUAAUGGUUGUUAAAGAAGGUGGAAUAAGCAAAAUGGUGCAUAUUUUGGAUCCAAAAUCAUCAUUUUCGAUGAAGUUAAGAGAGGUGUCAUUACUAGUAAUCAUGAACAUAUGCUGUUCAUCAGAGAAUUCUCUAAAUAUUUUGAUUGCUUCUGGCUUCAUGAAUCAUAUACUUUAUUUUCUUAGUUACGGAGAGGCUUCAGCUCAAGAGCUGGCCUUAAAGGCAGCAUUUUGGCUAUGUGGCACAUCCGAGGAGACGAAGAAGUUAAUGGGCAACGCAGGGUUCAUGCCGGUGCUGGUUAAAUUUAUCAACUCGAAAUCAUUUGAGAUUCGAGAAAUGGCCGCCGAAAUACUAUCUAGCAUGGUUAGAAUACCCAGAAAUCGUAAGAGUUUCGUGCAGAAUGAUCAGAAUGUGGGCUUAAUUCUGCAGAAGCUUGAUCCUGAAGGUGCAGGGGAGGCAAAUUCAGGUAAUAACAAAAGGCUAUUGCUUUCUAUACUGAUGUCAUUGACAAGCAGCAACAGUGCAAGAAAAAAGAUUUUAGAUUCUGGGUAUUUAAAGAACAUUGAAAAGCUUGCAGAUGCUGAAGUUUCAGAUGCAAAAAAAAUUGUCAGGAAGUUAUCAUCCAAUAGAUUUCGUAGCAUUUGGAGUGGGUUCUGGCAUUCUUGAACCUAAUUUUCCAUUUUUACGAAUCUUAUUUUGUAAAUCUAAUUUAGUUUCUUCAUUUCAGGUAAUGUUAAUGUACGCAGAAAAAAGCUCUAAGUAUUUGGCCGUCUAAUAAAAAUGCUGUCUUUGAUAAGAAUUU